AGCAGUAAAUCAGACGGAGUUACAGUACCGGAGCUGAAAUUUGUCCGCCUGUUGCGAGUGUAUUAGUGGCGAGUGAUCGGAGAUCGUCGCUGCACCGUCGAGCUUUGCUUCGGGGAAGAGUCGAGCUGUUACAGCGGGACUUACAGCCACCGAUCGCUUCCAGGCACUAAACAAGCGAGGCGAGCAGAUCCUUGAGUGGAAAUGUCUGAAAACAAACCCAAUGAUGAUCCGAAGUUGUCUACGACCGAUAGAGUUAUUAAAUCUGUCCCAUUCCCCCCGAGCCACAGGCUGACCGUAAAGGAGGUUUUCGACAGUGAAGGCAAACCCAAAGUCGAUGUGCUCAAGGCUCACCUGACCAAAGAGGGCCGUGUGGAGGAGAGUGUAGCUCUGCGCCUCAUCAGUGAGGGGGCUGCCAUCCUGCGUGCUGAGAGGAACCUGCUGGACAUUGAGGCUCCUGUCACAGUUUGUGGUGACAUUCAUGGACAGUUCUUUGACUUAAUGAAGCUGUUUGAGGUGGGAGGAUCACCAGCCAACACGCGCUACCUUUUCCUAGGCGACUAUGUGGACAGAGGGUAUUUCAGUAUUGAAUGUGUGCUGUACUUAUGGGCUUUAAAAAUUCUUUACCCCAAAACACUCUUUUUGCUGCGCGGGAACCACGAAUGUAGACAUUUAACAGAGUAUUUCACCUUUAAACAGGAAUGUAAAAUUAAGUAUUCGGAGCGGGUGUAUGAUGUAUGUAUGGAUGCCUUCGACUGCCUUCCGUUGGCUGCCCUUAUGAACCAGCAGUUCCUGUGCGUGCACGGAGGCCUGUCCCCUGAAAUCACAAACCUUGACGACAUCAGAAAAUUAGACAGAUUUAAGGAGCCUCCCGCGUAUGGGCCAAUGUGUGACCUACUGUGGUCUGACCCGCUGGAGGACUUCGGCAACGAGAAGACCCAAGAACACUUCACACACAACACAGUGCGAGGCUGCUCCUACUUCUACAGUUAUCCCGCUGUGUGUGACUUCCUACAACACAAUAACUUAUUAUCUGUCAUACGGGCCCACGAAGCACAGGAUGCUGGGUAUCGCAUGUACAGAAAGAGCCAGACCACAGGUUUCCCUUCCCUCAUCACCAUCUUCUCAGCCCCUAACUACUUAGAUGUCUACAAUAAUAAAGCGGCUGUGCUGAAAUAUGAGAAUAACGUCAUGAACAUUCGCCAGUUUAACUGUUCCCCUCACCCAUACUGGUUGCCCAACUUCAUGGAUGUCUUUACUUGGUCCUUGCCCUUUGUUGGGGAGAAAGUAACUGAGAUGCUGGUAAACGUGCUGAGCAUCUGCUCCAAUGAUGAACUGACUACAGAUGAGGAAAUUGAUGGACAGCUAAUAUAUGCCCCCAAGAAAGGUCCAACAGCCUCUGCACGCAAAGAAGUAAUCCGGAAUAAGAUUCGUGCCAUUGGGAAAAUGGCAAGGGUGUUUUCAGUCCUACGAGAGGAGAGUGAGAGUGUGCUGACUCUGAAGGGUCUCACCCCCACUGGCAUGCUACCCAGUGGUGUUCUCUCGGGAGGCAGAGAGAAACUCCAGAACGCUACUAUUGAGGCUAUAGAAGCCGAUGAAGCCAUCAAAGGCUUCUCACCACAGCAUAAGAUCACAAGCUUCGAGGAGGCUAAAGGCUUGGACCGCAUCAACGAACGCAUGCCGCCCCGACGUGAUACGCUGCCCUGCGAUGCCAGCCUUAACUCGCUCAACAAAGCGCUGUGCUCCGAGAGCAAUGGCACCGAGGCCAAGGCCAGCAGUGGCAGCGCCAUCCAGUGAUUGCGCCCACCGAUGCCCAAGCCAUGCCAUUAUCAGGCUCUUCCCUCUCUCCUCUCUCUCUUUCUCUCUCUCUCUCUCUCUCUCUUUCUCUCCAUGCUAUGUUGUGCAGGCGAGUGCAGUGGGUGACAUCGUGAGUUAGAGGGAAGGAGCAGAUCAAGUGAGGAUGAAGUGGAAGGUGAAGAACAGAGUUUUUAACCUGAUUCAGAGUGACUCUCUCUUAGUCUUUGGGUUAUGCCUUUUAAAAUAUUUUGCUCGUAAAAAACAAAGUUCUUGCGGGUUUACUUUUUUUGGAAAGAGGAAGUGGGGGGGUGCUCUGGGGUGUUGAUUAAACGUGCAGCAGGCAGAUAUCUAUGUGAAAAGGCCUUUAUUCAUUUACUGGUUAACCUUUUUUGUGUGUGUAACUUCUUACUAAUUAUUGUAUGUUUACAAAAACAGCACUAAAAUGGACAGAGCAUAAAGUUUUUAACAUGGAAAGGGUGUACAAACUAAAUAAGGACUAUUUAUUGUUACCUUUUUUUUUGCUACUCUUAUAAACUAGCUCUAACGUAAAUUAGGCAGUCUUAAAAGAAUGUUGCAACAUUGAAAUGCCAAAAAUGGAAUGUUUUAUGGUUUUGUACAGAUGCUUACCUCAGGUUUCUUUGGUGUGUGUGCGCGCUUCGAUCUUAUUUUCUGUAAAAUGGCUAAUUUGCUUAAUAGCAAGUACCCACUUUCUUGGAGUUUGAAACUGGAAUUUACACCUUUACAUUUGAAAACUGUUUUAUUUGAAUCAAGAAGGGGAAUAGAUUUAUUGUGGCUUGCUGGAACUUUUGUGAGUGUUCUUUUUAAGUAUUGCGAACAAACAAAAAAAUCUCUAUUUAUAAAGCACCUAUAUUCUGUAAAAAAAGACAAAAAACUCAAAGCAUCCGCCUAUGCAUGUUUUAUAAGAUUUAUGAAAGGAAAAAAAAACCAGAAGAAUUACUUUUGGCUGCUGAGGCUGGUUUCAAUCUGUAGUGUGCUUAGUAUGUACUGGAAAUGUAUGCCACCAUUCUUUACUCUAAAGCUGGGAUAAAGCUUCAGGCCUUUGACUUAUUUUGUAUUGAAAGCAUCGAACUAUUUAAUAUUGGAUGAGGAAUCAUGGUUUUUACGGCUGUAAGUACACAUGUAGUCCGAUUUAGCAUGUUUAGCUGUUCUCGUGACACAAGUUUGUGAUAACAUGUGGAACUCAAAAUGCAUGAUAUCUGUUAAUGUCAUAAAUGACAGACAUUUUUGGGGUUUUUUGUAAACGUGCCACAGACAAAAGUGUAAUUUGAUUUUAUUAUUAUUAUUAUUACUAUUAUUAUUAUUAGAAACUCUGCUUUGUAUAUCAGUUAUCAGUUUGUUACUGCUCAAUACUUUAAGAAAACAAAAUAGUCCAUUGAUUUUUUUUUUCUUAUUUUUUAAACAACUGCUUAAGUGCCCAAGUAAUUCACUACACAACAUUAAGCCUUGCUUUUGUAAUUUAACUUCCAAACUGUCGGUUAAUGCAGCAUGCACUCACAAAUAUAAAAGAGUAUUUUAUAUUACUGUUCAAUAAAAAUGUGCAUGGAAAUAAA